UUAGUGAAAUUGCUCAUUUUCGUUCGUGUUUGUCUAUUGUGUUUUGCAAAAUAGGAAUCGAUUGAGAUCUUUGUAGACUUGCUUUUGUGAACAAAGUUAAAGAAGAUUAAAACCUUCACUCAUUUUUAUUGUGAACAUCGAUUACUUUGCAUCGAGAAGACGAGAGAAAUUUAUCGUAAACGGAUAAGCACAUUGGCCAAACGGUAGCCCGUAGAAUACACUGACGCCAGACUGAAUUAAAAUUAUCGAUUUGAAUCGACUCUUGUAGUGAGAAUAUGUUCAAAUACAAGCAUGUUUUUCUUUGUUCGGUAUGCUGAGAUUAUGCACAUUGUACAAGAAUGAAGCAGUCGUGGACAUCGAUGAUUUUUGGCAUAUUUUUGGGAAUACUUUUGACGCUAAUAUACUUCAGACUGAAUAGACCCAUUGUCUGGGUCUUACCGAAUAAUCGCCAGGUUUUGGUCCAACGACCCGUACAUUUUGAUGUCGAUGCUAACGACAGCCACCAUCAUGAAAAUGCGCAUUUCAAAGACGCGCAAAAGGAGUACAAUGAAACGCGCAUUUUGUGCUGGGUGAUGACCAAUCCUAAGAACCAUCAGAGCAAGUGUAAACCCAUAAAAGAGACCUGGGGAAGACGAUGCAACAUACUACUAUUUAUGAGUUCUGAGACCGAUUACAGUUUGCCAUCUGUCGCACUCAACGUACCGGAAGGUCGGGAAAACUUGUGGUUGAAAACCAAAGCUGCAUGGAUGUAUGUAAGAAAGCAUCACCUGUAUCAUGCGGAUUGGUUCCUCAAAGCGGAUGAUGAUACCUAUACUAUUGUUGAGAAUCUGAGGCACUUUGUGUCGCCUUUUAAUACGGAGAAACCACUCUACUUUGGUCGAAGGUUCAAGCCAUUUGGCUCAUACAAUAGUGGUGGUGCUGGCUAUGUUUUCAGCAGGGAAGCUGUUCGUCGGUUUGCAGAUGUAAUUAAAGACAAGUCUCGUUGUCCCGAAGCAAGCUUUGCUGAGGAUGUUGAAGUUGGUCGGUGUCUUGCAAAAACUGGUGUCACUGCUGGUUACACCCUUGACAAACGUGGAAGGGAGAUGUUUCAUCCACUCCCCCCUGAACAUCACCUUAUACCAGGCUAUCUGGACAAAAAAUUCUGGCUUUACAGCUACAACUUUCAUCCAUACAAAGAUGGACCCGAAUGCUGUUCGGAUUAUUCGAUCACGUUUCACUAUAUCAAUCCUAACAUGAUGUAUCAACUGGAGUACUUUAUAUACCAUCUACGUGCAUAUGGUAGUGAGAAGGAUUGAAUGUAAUGACUAUUCAACAUGAUAACAAAUUAUCAAAAUAUGAGAUGAUUUUAUGAAUAAAAAUUCAAGUUAGCUAUA